AUGCAAAACAUUUUUCAUGGUCUACGCCCAGCAAUUCCAUCACAUGUUCCAAAAUUAAUAGCUAAGCUUAUUAUGAAAUGUUGGGAUGCGAGACCAAAUAAUAGACCGGCUUCUGAAGAAAUAUAUGACAUUUUAAGAAUAUGGAUUAACGAUAUUUCACAAGAUAAUUCAACAGAAAUUGUUGCUCAAAUUAAAGAGUGUGAAGGAACAUUUAAUAACAUUUCAAAAUCUGAUGGAUUAACAACAGCAUAUUACUACAAACCAUAUCCUGAGGCAAAAUAUACUAGCAAAUUCAUUGAAUAUACUAUUCAUCAGCCAGUGGAUGCAUUAAAUUAUGAUAAAAAAAAUGAUGUAUUAGGUAAUUUCACAUUAUCUUCAAUCAUUCCAAUAUUGAUUAAUGUUUCUUAUGCUUCUUUAUAUAUAAUAUACUGCAAAUUGAAAGAUGAUAUACAAUAUGUUAAGGAAAAAAGUGACGGUUUAAUAAUUCCAAGUCAUGUCGAAAGAAAAUGA